UUCUCUGCAACUUCUAUAUAUCUUCCACAAGAAGAGAAGGGGAAACGGUCUCUCUUAAACCAGCGGGCUUUAAUUUUCCUCUAAUCCAAACACCAAUUCCAUCAUUUUUGUUUUAUAAAUUAACAUGGAUUUCACCAACUCAUCGUCGCCUUCACCCUCGCCCUCAAAGACCAAAAGAAAGCAACAAAACGAGCAACAAGAGCCACACCAAGAAGUAAGGUUCUUGGGAGUGAGAAGAAGACCAUGGGGCCGAUAUGCAGCGGAGAUUAGAGACCCUUCAACCAAAGAAAGGCAUUGGCUCGGCACUUUUGACACAGCUGAGGAAGCUGCCUUGGCUUACGACCGUGCCGCCCGUUCCAUGAGGGGCUUCAAGGCUCGCACCAAUUUUGUGUACUCAGAUAUGCCUGCUGGCUCCUCUGUCACCUCCAUUAUCUCUCCUGAUGAAACCCAACACGAAAUCUCUGCUCUUUUCGCUCCGGCGCGCCAAUAUAAUCAAAACAGCAACACUAACCAGAACCAGCAGGUCCUCUUCACUCAGGAUUGCACCUUCAAUGCGUCAUUUCUUUACGCUAAUAGCUGUGGGCUGGUAACUGGGGGAGAUGGAUGGGUUCAGGGAGCAGAGGCUGGCGGGUCUUUUCAGCCCGUUAGUGCUACUAUGGAUGCUAGUGGGUCCAAUAAUUGCUCCGGCGACAGCAUUGAGCUCCCUCCUUUGCCUCCCGAUAUGACCAGCUCUUGUUACUAUGGCUCUGAAGUUAGCGAUGGAUUUUGGAAGGAGACCAACUUUUUUGGGUUUUCAGAGGAAGUGUCGAAUGCAGCAAGCGGGCCGUACUUGGGCUUUGAUUCGAACGAGUUUGUCCAGCAGGGCCCAUUUCCCGGAAGGGCGCCGUCCGUUUCUGAUACGGUGACGGAAGGGCUGGAUCUUGGUUCGUCGUCUGCCUUCUUCUUCUAGCUAAAUUUACGUUAUCUAUACUAUAGUUGCGUAGUUGUGGUGGUGGCAUUUUGAUGUUGUGGAGAUGCAACGGUUUGCUUUUGAAUCCAUUUCGUAUUUGCUUUUGAAUGAAUGAAAAGUGUAUGCCCUUUCGGGAUUGUAUAUCUGUAUUAAUGAUUGGCUUCCUCAAAUUACUGAGUCAUUCUUCUGUUUU